AUGUUCGGUAUCACCGCCGCCGCCAUCGCGGCCUUCAGCGCUGUCGCUUCCGCCGCGCCUGCCGCCACCUCCGCUGCCGCCAACAGCUCCGACACUGAGUUCCCCGAGCUCGCGCACUUCUUCAGCAACAACUCGCAGUGGGCGAACGCCAAGGCGAAGGAGGACCCCAGCUUCUUCCCUACCCUCAACGCGAGCCAGCACCCAGGCAUCGUCUGGGUCGGCUGCUCGGACUCUCGUGUCCCCGAGAGCGUUAUCACGCACCAGAACCCGGGUUCUAUUUUCACACUGCGCAACAUCGCCAACCAAAUCCACGCCGACGACUGGUCCGCCCAGGCCGUGGUCGAGUACGCCCUGGGCCACCUGAACGUAUCGCACGUGGUCAUCGUCGGCCACACGAACUGCGGUGGAGCCGCUGCAGCCUUCGCGGCCCCGAACCCGGACGCGAACAAGACCGAGGGCGCGGGCGGUGCCAACUCGUGCCCCAACGGCACGGCGGCUGCCGGUGGCACCCACGGCCGCGGCGACGGCAAGGACGGCAACGACAGCAAGUGCCCGUGCUUCACGCCCGACCAGGUCGAGCCCGGCACCGAGCCGGGUCUAAACCAGUUCCUCGCCCCGCUCAUCAAGCUCCGCUGGUCGCUGCCCGAGAACGCGACGGCGGCCGACCUCAUCAUCGCCAAUGUCAAGCAGAGCGUCGACGUUAUGGCCUCGACGAACGCGGUCCAGAACCAGUGGGUUCAAAACAAGCGUGUCUGCGUUCACGGCUGGCUCUACGAUGUCGGCACGGGUCUUCUCAAGGACCUCGGCUUCUCGCGCUGCAAGUGA